AUGUCUUAUACAAGCGAGCAGGAAAAAAUCGUGUUGAAGGUGUUGUCAUACAAACCGCACCAGUACUAUGAGAUCCUAGCGGUAGAGAAGUCAGCUUCUGAUGGCGAGAUCAAAAAGUCCUAUAGGAAAUUGGCCAUCAAACUCCACCCAGAUAAAAAUCCUCAUCCUCGGGCCAGUGAGGCGUUCAAAUUGAUUAACAAGGCAUGGGGUGUACUCGGAGAUGAGAGCAAGAAACGCAUUUUCGAUCAGACCGGAUCCGACCCCGACUCCCGGUUCCUGGGAUUCUCCAAUAGUGGUUCUACGGCCACUUCGAGUGGCUACGCCCGCCAGAACUUCGACGGAGCAUUCCAAGAUGAUAUUUUUAAUAUGUUCUUCGGUGGAACACAGCGCGCAGGUGGCCCGACCUUCGCUUUCGGCAAUAAUGGCUUUACUUUCCAUUCAUUUGGUGGAGACGGUUUUGAUCCGUUUACUGGCCGGUUUGCUCAGCAACAACAAAGACAAAGACAAAGAGCCCAGGCAAGACAGCAGGACGUCGAGCCUUCGUUGUGGGAUACAGUCAAGCAGCUCGCGCCCAUUCUUGUGAUUUUGCUUGCCACGCUUAUCUCGAGUUUCUUUUCUGGCGAGUCGACUCCUGAGUAUCUGUUCACUAAGACUCCGAAAUACAGCGUGAGAAGAAAAACGCCGCAAUUCAAAAUUCCGUUCUAUGUCGGUGACAAGUUUGCAGAGGAAAAGUCGGCGCUGAAGUUGAGGAACUUCGAUGCGAAGGUGGAGAGCUUGUAUGUUCAAGACAAGAGAGCCCGGUGUAGCCGUGAGCAAGUGCGGAAGAACGAUCUUAUGGAGGAGGCACAGGGCUGGUUCUAUACCGACCAGCGGAAGUUACGUGAAGCAGAGGAGAUGCCCAUGCCCAACUGCCAGGUGUUGCGUGACUUGGGUAUUCUUUAG